AUGCAGCACUCGCCGUUUGCCCUCAAGCUAUCGACCAGGCCUAACCCGAUCCCAUUCAAAGUGCAGAGGCGUGUUUCCUGGCGUAUGGCUUUGCUAUGGUCGAGGCUGCUAGCGGCUCAAGAAUUCCUCGUUCCUGCAUCCCCUGACCGAUUUCAUGGCGCUGGAAACGAGAUGGCACGGUCGCACGUCACGCUGUUGUCACUGCAUUAG